AUUGACUUUCUAAGAAUCUCCCAUCUCAGUGAACGACGUCUAUAUAGUGGCAGCAAAUAUUUAAAUAAUACGACCAUGAGCCUCUUGCAAAAGUGUCGUCGACUACCAACAUUGGCUCCACUUCUGGUGGCCAGGAGACCCUCCAGGAUCCAGCUAUUCUCGUCCAUGAACAGAAGCGACGAACCUAGCGAGAACUCUGGACGGCUAUUCAACUCUGCCGUCUCAUUCCGCGUUACUGACCCACCAAACCCCAAUUGGCAACUGAGACAGGGCCUCCCAGACCACAUCGAACCUGGAAAGUCGUGGAAAGCCGAAGAAGAGAAAGGCUGGAAGACUUGGAACCUCUCAGACAUAUCGCCAAGGGAGGUAUACCCUUUAUUGACUUCAUGCAUCGUGCCUCGCCCCAUUGCGCUCGUGUCCAGCACGUCUUCUGACGGAAUGCCUAACCUUGCCCCGUUCAGUUACUUUUCCAUGGUCGCGCAUAACCCGUCGUUAUUGAGCAUUUCUUUCUCCCAUUCUCCGCGGACUCGGAAGUCCAAAGACACCAAGGAAAAUAUACUUGCGACGAAACAGUUUACCGUAAGCAUCAUGAGCGAACCAUUUAUAGAAGCAGCGAAUAUCACAUCUGUCGACGCCCCUGCUGAUAUUGACGAGUGGGACAUCAGUGGUCUAACUGGAUCGACCAGUAUAGACGUGAGGCCCCCGUGGGUCAAAGAAAGUGCCAUCGGUUUUGAAUGCGAGUUGUUCCAUUCAUACGAGAUUUGUCCGCCCAAUUCAGGCGAGGUCACGAAUACAUUGGUCUUGGGCCUUAUUAAACGGGCACAUAUUAGGGAGUCCGUUUUGACUGCAAACGGUACCGUUGAUCCCGCUAAGCUUCGCGCCGUGUCACGCUUAGGCGGUAAUAUGUACGCGAGGAUCGGUGAAGGUUUCGAACUUUCCAGGCCACCUUGGAAAGUGAUACGAGAUCAAGUCAUUUCUGGUGCACCUGAAUCAAAGUAGGAAGAUUGUUACACUACGAUGGAUACGAGUACGUAUUGAUAGAUGGGUCCGCAUGUUCAUACCAGUUUGCAUUUGGAAGGUUUCAGGUCGAAGAAUGCGAACGUUUCGAAGAUGCUUAUGAGAUGCCAAGAUAACGUUCCUUUGGGGAAGCAUCGACCACUGAGAAGAGUCACGGAUAUGGAAUGCCUGUCGAUGGACCUGAUCUUUGUGGCCCACUUGGCCCGGAUAAACGACGAUGUAUUUCUCACCGCAUGGAACAAGCUACACUUCCCCAUGGUACUCGGUCGAAAUGAAGCAAAGUGUAGACCAUGGGGCGCAUGCUACUCAGGCCUUGAAAAAGAUUGAUUAAAAGUUAGAAACACAAGGCAUAAACGUGGAGUGAUGUCACGAAUGCACUGCUACAUGCUGCAAAAGAUGAAGCCAUGAUGCAGAGCACGAUG